CUGGACCGCUGCUGACCACGAUCAGCCCCAUCAUCAGUCGGCAGUGGUACGGCGUCGCGGAUAGUUUAGCGUUGCAAACUCGCAUCGCAAAAGGCAACAUGCUGCUGAGUAUAGUGAUAGGCGCAACGGUGGCCGUGCUGACGUACAAGCUUGCCCGGCUCAUCAUCGAGGGUGGUCAGUUUCGGAAGGGCACACGGUGCGAUGGAAAGGUGAUCCUCAUAACGGGCGCCAACACGGGCAUCGGGAAGGAAACGGCCCGCGAGCUGCUGAAGCGUGGCGGAAAGGUGUACAUUGCUUGCCGUUCGCUCGAGCGUGGCAACGAGGCGCGGAGCGACAUCAUCGCACAAACUGGGCUGGCCGAUAUUCACGUGCGCGAGCUAGAUCUUGCGUCGCUGGAAUCGGUUCGUAAAUUUGCAAAAGGAUUCCUGGAGGAGGAGAAUCGAUUAGACAUACUGAUUAACAAUGCGGGCGUCAUGGCCUGCCCGAAAGCGCUCACCAAGGACGGAUUCGAGCAGCAGCUGGGCGUGAACCAUUUGGGGCACUUUCUGCUCACGAAUCUACUGCUGGAUCGAUUGAAGGCUUCGGCACCGAGCCGGAUCGUGAAUCUGUCCAGCCUGGCGCACAAGUACGGCAAAAUCAACCGGAAAGACCUGAACAGUGAGCACUCGUACAACCAGGUGACGGCCUACUGCCAGAGCAAGCUGGCCAACGUGAUGUUCACGCGGGAGCUGGCAAAGCGUCUGCAGGGGACGGGUGUCACUGCCUACUCCGUUCAUCCCGGAACGGUCGACACCGAACUGCCCCGCCACAUGGGUUCGCUUUUCUUCCUGUUCGAUCAUAAACUGGUAAAACCGUUGCUACGAGUAGCAUUUAAGACGCCACUUUCCGGUGCCCAGACCACGCUCUACACGGCCCUGGACGAAGAUCUGGCGGAGGAAAGCGGCAAAUACUACGCUGACUGUCGGGAGCAAAAGCUGAGCAAAUACGCACGGAACGACGAGCUGUCCGCGUGGCUUUGGGACGAAAGCGUACGAAUGACGAAAUUAAGCGGCUGAACUAAAGCACCUGGUGAUCGUGAAGCUUUUUUGGCCGGGGGAGAUCAUAUGGACUCACUUUGGGGAAGGCCUCUCUCUCUCUCUCACACACAGCUCUGUAUCUUACUGGAGACGUUAAUUUAAAACGUGAUGACGUGGAGUAAUAAAACAAAGUACUAACUAGUUUAUGACAUCAUGCGUA